GCGAGGAGCACUGUGGCUGUGAGUGUGGCGACUCUAGCUACAAAAGGGUGCGGUAUUGUUUAGCACAGGCAAUUAGUACCAUUUUGCGGAUCAUUUGCAAGGAUUUGAGCAUGGACAUGGAGGACUCCGGCCAGUUCAUGCAGUGGGCGAUGGCUACGCUGCAGCACGAUGAGGACCAGGCAGUGGACUACCCCAUCGACGACGGCCGCGGCGGGGCUACCUUCCCCUCGCUCCGAGCGCUCCGCGAGGCCUCGUCGCAAGCUGCAGAAAUGAUCCAGGAACCUCUCGCCGCCGCAAACAGCCGCUGCGGCGGCGACGGGGGCACCGCAGCCGCAGGCAAUAAUAUCUCAGGAACCGCGCCAAGAAGAAGCAGCAGUGGUAGUGCCGUAAUCCAGCCCUUGAGGUGGAAUUUUGGCGCCGGCGCCGCCGCACCGCCUGGCCGCGACGGCGUGCCUGUGCCAGCUGAGGCCGCUGCCACGGGCAGCCUGCUGCCAGAUCUGGCGUACGGGCCACCGCCGACGAGGAAGCAGGCCGUCUUAAAGAGCGUGGGAUCCAUCUACGCGCAGGACCACAUCAUCGCGGAGAGGAAGCGGCGGGAGAAGAUCAACCAGCGCUUCAUCGAGCUCUCUACCGUCAUCCCCGGCCUCAAGAAGAUGGACAAGGCCACGAUCCUUUCUGACGCGACGAGAUACGUGAGGGAUCUCCAAGAAAAGAUCAAGGCGCAUGAAGACGGCGGCGGCAGUAACGACCGGGGCAUCGUCGAAUCCUGGGUGCUCGUGAAGAAGCCGUGCGUCGCAGCGCCCGACGAGGAUGCUGGCUCCUCGCCGUCGUGGGACUCGUCGGGGACGACGGCGCCGUCGCCGGCGACGAAUCCGCUCCCGGAGAUAGAGGCCCGGUUCUUGAACAAGAACGUGACGGUGAGGAUCCACUGCGUGGGUGUCAAGGGCGUGGUCGUGAGGGUGCUGGCCGAGUUGGAGGAGCUCCACCUCAGCAUCAUCCACGCCAAUGUCGUGCCAUUCCACGCUUGCACUUUGAUCAUAACCAUCACGGCGAAGGUGGACGAAGGCUUCACAGUCACGGCGGAGGAGAUCGUUGGCAGACUCAAGACUUCUGCAUGCAUUAAUGCGCCAGCAAAGCCGCUGCUGCAAUAGCGCUGAAGAAACUGCAUGAAAUAAACUAGUUAUUGAAUUGAAAAAAAUCCUGGGGCGUGAUUAAUCUAUGUAUAGUAUUUAUAUAUGCUCAUAUAUGAACAAACGGUAUGAAAACGUUCUUUUUGAACAAGGAUUUUUUUUUGG